AUCAAACUAAGGCCGUGUCAUAAUCUUGUAUACAGAUGAUAUGAUAUUUCUAUAUUUGAUGGUCGACAUGAUUUUAUAAUUGUUUUACUGUGUAAUUUAGCAAGACUAAUGUAUUUCGAAUUAGUUUUCUAUUGUGUGAUUUUUUUUUUAGUAUUUGUACCAUGGAGCUUGCAUAUGGGCGACAACCAAAAUUUUUGUGGGAAUAAACUUCUUCUUUAUGAUGAGGCCUGUUUACAUAUCAAAAUUGAUAGCCCUGUUCCGCUGAAACUUUAUAUGCAAUCUACGGAAUGUUAUCAGUGUGAUGCCAUUCCUUUACCUGAUCUCAAGAAACCAGUUGUCGUUUCUACUACCUAUCCUACUUUUCUUCAAUUAGUUAAAGAAAAUGAAAAUUUAUCUUUUAAUGAUAGCAUAUUUCAUUUUGGGCAACAUGGACAUUACAAUGUCACUCUAUCUGAUGGGAUUGAUAUCGUUGAAGACGUAACUCCAGAAGAUGCCUAUGCCCCCUUAAAAAUUGAGCUGUUCGCUCUGUUUGUUAUAAUUAUUAUGUGUAGUAUUAAUGCGUUUGCUGCUUCUAGUUCAUCAAGAUUUUCUAGGUAUAUUGAUGUCAGAGGUUUAUUUCAAACAGGUUAUUUUCGUGAAUUACAAAAUGAUUUAGGCUCACCAUCGGAAACUUCAUCUGAACCUACAGGUUUGAUAUCAUCGGCAGAAAAUAUAAGGAAUAAUGCCCAGAAUAGUAGGAACUAUUCCAGAGUUCAAAGUUUAGAUGCAUUCAGAGGAUUGACAAUAGUCCUGAUGCUGUUUGUCAACUACGGAGGAGGAAAAUAUAAAUAUUUUCAACAUGCUGUUUGGAACGGUUUAACAAUUGCAGAUGUAGUUUUCCCUUGGUUUGCUUUUAUCAUGGGCAUGAGUCUUCUCUUAUCAAUUUCUGCUCUGUACCGCAAUACAAAUUCUCGAAGUGCAGUACUUUUAAAAGUCUUUCUUCGAAGUCUUGUUUUAAUAAUACUUGGUGUUAUAUUAAAUUCUGUAAACCAUGAUGAUAUAUAUACACUACGAUUUCCUGGAGUAUUGCAAAGGUUGGGCUUGUCCUACUUUAUUGUUGGUAGCAUUGAAGUAUUGUUUUUACGUGCUCACCUUGCAGAUUUGGAAGUUGGUAGAACGGCAUUGAUGCAGGUUUCUGGAGUUUUCCAAUGGAUGGUUUCACUGCUAAUAAUUGGAGUUCACUCAUGUAUUACAUUCCUUCUUCAUGUUCCUGGUUGUCCACCUGGCUACUUAGGACCCGGAGGCUUGCAUAAGCAUUCAUCAUUUGAAAAUUGUACCGGUGGAGCUGCUGGCUACAUUGAUCGUUUUAUCUUCAAAGAACAACAUAUUUACAGUAGACCAUCCUCAAAGAAAAUUUACCACAAUGAACAACGUUUUGAUCCUGAAGGUUUACUCGGAACGCUGACUACUGCACUCACUGUGUUUUUGGGUGUUCAUGCUAUAAGAUUAUAUGUUGUUUGUAGAAGUCCAAAGAAAUUAAUGGUUCAGUGGAUUGUCAUUGCAAUUAUUACUGGAGUUGUAGCGGGUCUUCUAUGCCAAUGGAGCCAAGAAGAAGGUGUAAUUCCUAUCAACAAGAAUCUUUGGUCUCUGUCUUUUUCAUUAGCCACUGCUAGUCUAGCUUUUAUUGCUAUAAGUAUUUUGUAUUUCAUCAUUGAUUACAAAAAGCUGUGGUCAGGGUCACCAUUUAAAGAAGUCGGAAAAAAUGCCAUCUUGAUAUACCUAGGCUCAUCAAUAUUCAAGGAAACAGUUCCUUGGCAUUGGACGCCUGUUGACCUAACAACUCAUACCGAGUCACUCAUCAUGGAUACUUGGGGAACUAUAUUAUGGAUUAUGAUUGCUGUUGUUUUUUCAAAAAAUAAUAUUUAUCUUGCUAUAUAAGUUUUUUUAAUAUAUAUAUUUUUAUAUUAGAGGAACAAAAGACUGAUUAACAGACCAUUACAUUAAUGGUAAGAUCUGUUGUGAUUUCUCUAACUAUGAUUGGUGUUCGAGAAAAACCUGACCUUAAUUUUUCAGAAGUACACUUUACUAAUCUUAAUGAUUAUGGUUAUUAUUUAUGGGACAUUUCAUGUUAUUUUGAAAACAAUUUAUUGUCAAAUAAGUUUUUUGAUAUUUUAUAAGAUGAACUGAUAGGGGAUUUAAAAACAUUGAACUUUUUAAAAAAAAAAAACUCUUCUGCAGAAUUAAGAGUUGUAGGUUUUUCCGAAACACUAGCUACAUAAUUGUUUCAUAAUGCUGAGACAGCUUUUAGUUUUGUAAUUAGAGUAUUUUUUAUACAAAUACUAACCAUUGUGAUAAAGAAAUCAGAAGCCUGGAGUAAUGAUAGAGUGACUUCCCUUAUUAGAUACUUAAUGUUUUCUAACGAUUCUAGUUAUAGUUUGGUAAUUGUAAACUUUAUUUUUUAUAGUGAACUUAGUUAUUAUAGUGACAUAUCACACGGUUUCUUGUUUUCAACUAUUACCUAAUAUGCAAUAUAUUUUAAAUUGCUACCAAGGAUUUUUUGCAUUUAAAAAUGAUACCAUUUAUAGUGCGGUUGUAAUCCAUAUUUAUAUCACAUUCCGAAAACAACACACUGACAAUGGAUUCCCAAUAUUUACUAUGUGCUAAGUUUAUAGGACAAACAAAAAACUAUUUUAGAUCUUUUUUUUUUUUUUUUAAGAGUAAACUGCUUUUGAUCCUUUUCCGUACUAACUAAUUAUAUUUAGUCUAGGUAGGAAGUAUUGACAGCUCACUGUUUACAUGUUCAUGGUUUGUGCUAUUUUAAUAUAUUGUAAAUUUCAGUAAGUGACUAAAAUAAAAUAUUUUAAAAAGUUGUAAAAUUUAUGAAAUAUGUAUUUGUGGAUAUCAAGGGUAAUAAACAUUGUUAUAAAACAGAUGUAUUAUUUGUAGUGAUUGUAAAAAUAAAAUAAAAAUAUUAUUGAGACCAA